UUGAGCUAGACGUCUGAGUAGCUCCGGGGUUCGACUUUGAGCUGUACAGUGUAGAAGGUAUUUCUCUCUCUCUCUCUCAACAGAAUGAAGCUGCUGAAAUUCAUCUUAAUCAUCCACGUGAACUUUUUUUGUCAAGCUUUGAAAAAUGCAACCACUGAAAACGACCCGUCUGAUAUCCGUGUGAGUGGAAAGGGAAAUAACACAAAAAUCAGCAAUGACCCUUAUGUCUACUCUCUUGGUAGAAAAUGCAAGUGGACACUCAGGUUGCCUAGGAACAGGAGCAGUGACAUAAUGGCGCUCACAAAUGACUCUGUGAAUGGGUUGUCUGAACAGAUCUGUCAGGAUCUUAAAUGCGGCAGCGUCCAUUCUAUUAAUAAAACCAGCUCACCAGGCAACAUCACCUGCUUUCAAAACUGUUCAUACCAACACGGACGUUUGGAGAACUGUUCACUGAGUGUUGGAAGUUCCUGCAGUGUGAUCCAUGAAGUGGUUUGUGAACACCAGCUUGUGCGACUGGCAGGAGGGACAGACCGCUGUGGUGGACGAGUGGAAGUAUGGAAAAAUGGGCAGUGGGGCACCGUGUGUGACGACCACUGGGACCUGAAUGAUGCUCAUGUGGUGUGCGCCCAGCUCGGCUGCGGUUACGCUCUCAAUGUGACGGGCCAGGCCGGCUUAUUUCCCCCGGGGAAAGGACCCAUCUACCUGGACGAUCUGAACUGUACGGGCAACGAGGAGAACCUGUGGAGCUGCCCGGCUACACAGGAGGAGGAUCAAGACUGUGGACACAAAGAAGACGCUGGUGUCGUGUGUUCAGAGAUGCGAGGCCUCAGACUGACUGGAGGUAUGGACCGCUGCUCUGGUAAACUGGAGGUGCAUCGUAACGGCAGCUGGUGGUUCGUGUGUAAUAACUGCUGGAAUGAGAUGAUGGCUUCCAUUGUGUGCUCCAUGCUGGGCUGUGGCGAUAAGGUGGAAAAGUACACCCAGUUUAAUCCUCCUCUCACCCACAACAACGGCACGCUGUUUUACUAUGAAUGCAAAUCACAAGAUCAGAGUCUGUGGGAGUGCAAGGAAUACAUAAAUCAUCGGUUCCUAUGUAAAGACUCAAAAGCUUCUGGUGUCAUUUGUGAAGGUUCUCUGGGGUUUCCUAACGCUACCACGGUUAAUCCAACUGUAACACCUCAAUGGACAACUGCCAAUGGAACCACAGCCGCUGUUGCUGCUGCAGAUUUGCCUUUUGCGUCUCUGCCGCUUCUCUCCACCAUCUCUCUGUCCAUCCUGCUCCUCGUGAUUGUCAUCACAAACACGGUGCUCUGCUGCCAUUACAGGAGAAAACACGCUUUCUUACUCCAGCAGACGCGCAGCAGCCCACGAGCUCCAUCUGGUCAAAGCAACAACUAUCACGAGGCUGUUAAUCUCAUCAAAGUCACCGCCAACCCGGCGGAGACUGAUGGUCAGUGGUCGAACAAUUCAACAUGUCGAACACUAACACAGCUUUUUUCUUUCUUUAACCCCGCAGGCAUAUCUAUCUGUCGAUUUAUCUAUUUAAUAGACAUGCACGGUAGUGAGGAAGUUGCAGAUUUCAUCUCAUCAAAUCGUUUAAUCUUUUUUGUGUGUUUGUCUCAAAAAGUCCCCUCCAAUCCCAGGCUUCUUUGGACCCAGCUUAGUAGUGCUGACAGCACGUCAGUAGAUACAGACUAUGAGCAGUAUGACCCAAGCAUUGACCCGUCUGUCAGUUUAUCCACCUUUCGGAAUUCUCAGCGAUACAGAACAGACGUUAAUCCUUUGAUGAGGCCUUCAGGUCUUGAGAGCCUUUGUGAAGAAGGUCCGCAGCCCUCAAAUACAAUGACAGGAGCCUUUCCAAGCUGUAACGGUGCCUCGACAUAUCCUCAGUACGCCAGAGUGUCAAAGAUCUCAGUGGACUCCUUUGAGUCGUCCAGCACCUCCUCCGGGGAAUGCUAUGAAAACUUGCCCAAAGAUUACGUCAACGUGACGCCUGAUCCUCUACCAUUGGAGUCGUUUGUUGGUCCUUCUGAUGCUUCAAAAUUCUCAUAUGGUCCUCUUCACUCUGGACAAACCUCAAACAUGCAGAAUUCAGAUGACGACGAACUCUACUCGCCUGUGAGCCCCGACUGAAACUCUGUGUCUGAGGAUGACUGCACAGCAAACUGAGGGUGUGGGAAAGUGUGAGAAGAAGAAGUCGUUUUCGUAAAGGAAAGACAUCCUGUAAGAUCAAGAAAAUGUAAGACGCUUACAGCGAUCAAUGCUGGGAUGUUCAAUGUGAUUGAUUAGCUUUUUAAAGCGAGUUUUAUUUUUGUACACAAAUGCAAAGCAAAGGCUGGAAGUCUGGAAGGCACAAAAUGAACAUGUGUUCUGUGAAUGUAGCAGAAGGAACUGUAAUAUAGAAACAGAUGACGCGGCACACUUAUCCUACAGUUAACCAUAUCCAUACCAGUUGUAAUGGUCUCUCCCUGUGACCUAUGAGCAUGAUCUCAUCCCUGUUGAACUCCUAUGGCAGAUUAUGGUUUGACAUGUUAGACAUUGCCUUUAAAAUAAUUAAAAAGCCAUAUUAGAUUUAAAAAAAUAAAAUAAAAUAAAGCCCUCCUACAGCAGCACAACACCACACUGAGACACUUUACUCUGGGUUUUCUUUGAAAUUGUCACCUGUCUGUGUCUGUUUUGUGUUGUUUAUUAAAAGAUUUGUAAUAUUACAAUGUAUUAAGUUAAUACAUGUUUGGCACAUUUAUUUCUUUGGAUGUAGACACGAAAAUCUUCUGAGCACCAGCAUAAUUUCAACAACUGUUAUGAGCACAACAUAGCCAAAAAUAUGUGGACAUCCAAACAUUACCCAAAUAAUUUUCUUGUAAAAAAACCACAAACCUUAAUGUCUGUGAAGGUUCUCAGUCAUCCAGUUCAUCGUAGUCUAAGGA